AAAAAUGGCCUAUUCUCGUAGCUCCCUCUUGCUGUUGGUGUCUCUGCUUCUCUUGCUUACUCUCUCCAAUGUGGCUGAGGUUUAUGGUGGUGGUAAUUAUAAUAACCUUAAACCAUCAGAUUGCAACCCAAAGUGUAAGUAUAGAUGCUCAGCAACAUCACACAAGAAGCCAUGCAUGUUCUUCUGCCAAAAGUGCUGCAACAAAUGCCUUUGCGUGCCUCCUGGUGUUUACGGCAACAAGCAAGUUUGCCCUUGCUACAACAACUGGAAGACCAAGGAAGGAGGACCCAAAUGCCCUUGAACUUUCAGCUCUUUAAGUCAAAAUCUUGAUUAUUAAAAUAGGCCAAACCCAAUUUUUAAUUUUAUUGGCAGCAAUUAGUG